CACUGAAAUGGACAGCGCGAGCAGCCUCGUGGACGACACCAGCAGCGGCGGCGGCGCGUCCACGGACAAGCUCAGGGCUUUGGCCGCCGCGGCCGCCUCUGCGGGGGCGCCGCUGGAGCGCAUGGGCAGCGGCGCCAGCGCGGUCGUGGACGCGGCCGAGCCGGGCGCCGAGGCGGACUCGGCCGCCGCGGCCGCCGCGGGGGCGGGCGCGGGCGUGGGCGUGGGCGGGAAGCUGCCGUCGUCAAGGUACAAGGGCGUGGUGCCGCAGCCCAACGGGCGGUGGGGCGCGCAGAUCUACGAGCGCCACCAGCGCGUGUGGCUCGGCACCUUCGCGGGGGAGACCGACGCCGCGCGCGCCUACGACGUCGCCGCGCAGCGGUUCCGCGGCCGCGACGCCGUCACCAACUUCCGCCCGCUCGCGGACGCCGACCCGGACGCCGCCGCCGAGCUCCGCUUCCUCGUGUCACGCUCCAAGGCCGAGGUCGUCGACAUGCUCCGAAAGCACACCUACUUCGACGAGCUCGCCCAGAACAAGCGCGCCUUCGCCGCCGCCGCGUCCGCGCCGACGACCUCGGCGCUCGCCAACGCCCACUCCUCCCCGUCUCCCUCUCCGGCGGCUGCGGCGGCCGCCGCGCGGGAGCACCUGUUCGACAAGACGGUCACCCCCAGCGACGUGGGCAAGCUGAACCGGCUGGUGAUCCCGAAGCAGCACGCCGAGAAGCACUUCCCGCUGCAGCUCCCGUCCGCCGGCGGCGAGAGCAAGGGCGUCCUCCUCAACUUCGAGGACGCGGGGGGCAAGGUGUGGCGGUUCCGCUACUCGUACUGGAACAGCAGCCAGAGCUACGUGCUCACCAAGGGCUGGAGCCGCUUCGUCAAGGAGAAGGGCCUCCAGGCCGGCGAUGUCGUCGGCUUCUACCGCUCCGCGGCUGCCGCCGGCGCCGACAGCAAGCUCUUCAUCGCCUGCAGGCUGCGGCCCAACGGCGACGUCGCCGCCCUGACAAGCCCCGUAGUGGAGGUGGAGCCAUCUUCGGCGCCGGUGGCGAAAGCCGUCCGCCUCUUCGGCGUCGACCUGCUGUCGGCGCCGGCGCAGGCCCCGGCGGCGGCGCCAGCGGAGGCCAUGGCCGGGUGCAAGAGGGCCAGGGACCUGGCGGCGCUCCCGCAGGCGGCGUUCAAGAAGCAGCUCGUAGAGCUGGCACUAGUGUAGAUUAAUGCUAUGCUACCGGGCGACCGAUCUCUCUCUAGCUAGUACCUUUUUGUUUAGCUCGAUCGCCAAACUCAGAUGGUAGCAAUCACCGAGGUGAAUUAGUCCCGUCUCGGCGUCUCACUUAGCUGGUUCGUUCGUUAAUUUCCAUUUCGUCGUCCAGAGCUUUGCUUUGAUGUAAAUCUUCUCAUCAAUUGUAUACUACUUACUCAUGGGGGAAAAAACAGCCCUAGAAGGCUAGAAGAUGAUCAACUGACAAAGAAGCAGCAGCAACAUUCCAAACAGCAUAGCUAAAGCUUAACCCGUGUGUGUACUUUCUUGUGCAUCGGUUCAAGAGACAUUCAAAUUUCCAGGUUCCAAUA